CAAACAGUGAUCGCGUCGAGAACGCUGCGAGUGAACGCAUCUGUGUUUGUGACCUCCGACAACAUGGUGCAGGAAAGCAUGAGCAGACUGGGGAGAGUAUGCAUCGCCCAAAGGUACAUAUUAGCCAUUAUGGGCUUCCUGGCAGUGGCUAAUGCAUACACCAUGAGGGUGGUUCUCUCCGUUGCCAUCACAGAAAUGGUGGCGAAGAAUGUCACUUGCUUGCAAGAUGAUGAAGAUCCUCCACCAGGAACAUGUAAAGCCACUAGCUGCGAUGAAUCUUCGACCGGCGGCGAAUUCGAGUGGACGGAGUCUCAGCAGGGCCUUGUGCUCAGCUCCUUCUUCUGGGGAUACGUCAUCACUCAUCUGCCUGGAGGCAUGCUGGCUGAAAGGUUUGGCGGAAAAUACUCCCUUGGACUGGGCAUUCUCAGUACAGCCGUAUUCACUCUGCUAACGCCCGUUGUGGCGAACACUGGCAACUGGAAAUAUCUCAUGAUUCUACGCAUUCUGGAAGGCCUUGGCGAGGGUACAACUUUUCCUGCUCUAAAUGCUCUUCUGGCAGCGUGGGUACCCAAAACCGAGAGAUCACGAUUAGGUUCACUUGUAUUUGCUGGUGCUCAAAUUGGAACAGUAGCAGGUACUCUCCUUAGUGGUAUUAUCCUGGAAUAUUAUUCGUGGCCAUGGGUGUUCUACCUCUUUGGUGGAAUUGGAGUUUUGUGGUUUAUUAUUUGGACAUUAAUAUGCUACAGUGACCCAGCAUCUCAUCCCUAUAUUACUGAAGAGGAAAGGAAAUACCUAGAAGAAACAGUGGGUGAUGUUAAGAAAAAGGAUCUUCCACCUGUUCCUUGGAGAGCCAUAUUUACUUCUGUUCCUUUGUUGGGUUUGAUUUGUGCCCAAAUUGGUCACGAUUGGGGCUUCUUCACAAUGGUUACAGACUUGCCAAAGUACAUGAGUGAUGUUAUGAAAUUUAAAAUUUCACAGAAUGGCUUAUGGUCAUCUCUUCCAUACUUGACGAUGUGGCUCAUGUCUACAGCAAGUAGUUGGGUAGGAGAUUGGAUGAUCAAAAGAAAUGUAAUGAGCAUAACUAAUGUAAGGAAAAUGUUCACUACAAUUGCUUCUGUUGGGCCUGCAUGUGGAAUUAUUGCUGCAUCAUAUGCAGGCUGUAACAAAACAAAUGUAGUGAUAUUGUUUACUGUUGCAAUGACUUUCAUGGGUACUUUUUACCCAGGAAUGAAAGUCAAUGCGUUGGAUCUAAGUCCUAAUUAUGCAGGAACUCUAAUGGCCAUUGUAAAUGGUAUUGGUGCAUUUUCUGGCAUUAUAACACCGUACCUAGUUGGUGUUCUCACUCCCAAUAGUACUCUUCAAGAGUGGCGCUUGGUUUUCUGGAUAGCCUUUGGAGUGUUCAUGGGAACUAACUUAGUUUAUGUGUUUACGGCGUCUGGUGAAGUUCAGCCAUGGAAUGACCCUCUGUCUAUGAGACAAAAGGAAAUGGAUGAUGGACUUGUUGAAUAUCAGGCUCCUAAAGACACCAGUACAUCAGCUCCUCCAGAGACUGAAUCAAGGGAGAAGGAUUUACAAACAUAAGAAACACCAGGUACCUUUUUCAAUUCUUCAAGAAUUGAUUACUUUCUGUGAACAGGGAUAUUUUAAUAGCUCAUGCUUUGGAGGUGAUAUCAUGAGAUAUUCAAAAGACCGGAAAAACUAAGAAGUGAAGAGAAGAAUCAUAAUGCUGUCAAGAAGUGGAAUAUUAUUUAUUAUCAGACAUUCAUCCUACAUCAAUCAUUUUACAUUAUAAAAUUGGAGAAAAGUUAUGAAAUUUUUAAAAGAUAAAACUGUUUAUAUGGCUGUGAUAAUCUGAGCUUCCUUCUAAGAUUUUGAUGGAGUUGUUUCGGCCAGGCCUGUUCUAAAAGAAAUAUUUUUGAUACUGCCUUUCAUCCAAUUUUUUAUA